AUGAAUAAGGAGAGAGAAAAGACGGUCUGUCGACACAUACUUCAAUUGCUCGGCACUAGUGAUGAGUUCAAAAUAAUGCCCAAAAACGUGAGGACAGCGGCCGGCGAGACAGCGGUGAUGGAGUGCGCGCCUCCGCGGGGUUUCCCGGAACCGGUCAUCUCAUGGAAACGCAACGGCGAGAAGAUUAACACCGGUUUUGGACGGAUUCGACUCAACGGCAAUAAUCUGAUGAUCAGCGAAGUCAGGCCCGGAGAUGAGGGCCGAUACCAGUGUAUCGCCGAGAAUGUGGUCGGCGUACGGGAGUCUCCGCCCGCUAUACUCAACGUUCAGGUCAAACCAUUCUUCAUAAGAGGGCCGGAAGACGUGACCACAUUAUCGAGCGAACAUGUUGAGUUUCAUUGCAAAGUGGGCGGCGAUCCCACACCGACUAUCACGUGGCGCAGACAAGAUGGUAAAAUGCCAAUCGGAAGAGCGCAAAUACUGGAGGACAAGGCGUUGAAGAUUAUUCACGUGACGCCUGCGGAUGAAGGGGUAUACAUAUGCGAAGUGGAGAACCCGGUCGGCACUAUCACCUCCUCGGCCACACUUAUCCCGAAAGACAUACGAGUGCCUGUGAAUAGUGUGGCCCGACUUGACUGCGUGGCCACCGGAAACCCUCCGCCCUCUGUCUUCUGGACCCGCGAAGGCAAUCAAGUGCUGAUGUUUGGCGGCAAAAGUCACGGCCGCUUCUCCGUGUCCUCCGAGGGGACGCUUACCAUAUCGGGUGUCCGCAAAGAGGACAAAGGCUAUUACGUGUGCUCAGCCGUGUCGGUCGUGGGCUCAUCGAUGGCCAAAUCGUAUCUGACAGUGUCGGCGGUGGCCGAUGUGCCGCCACCGCUCAUCAAAUUAGGUCCGGCCAAUCAGACACUACCUCAAGACACGAUCGCAAUGCUUCCCUGCGAGACAAUCGGUUCGCCGCAACCGGUGGUCAAAUGGCUGCUAAACGGCAAACCCAUUCCCCUAUACGACCCCCGGUUUGUUGUGCUCGACUCCGGCGCCCUUCAGAUCGAUGGUAUGCGAGAGCGGGGAGACCUCUUGGAGCGCAUCCCUGGCCAUAGAGUCGCCGAGAAAUCCCAACAUAAUGUUUCACCGAAUGCCCGAUCCGUCCACUUUGACUCCGGUCUCUACACGUGCAUCGCCUCCAGCGAGAGCGGGGAGACCUCUUGGAGCGCAUCCCUGGCCAUAGAGUCGCCGAGAAAUCCCAACAUAAUGUUUCACCGAAUGCCCGAUCCGUCCACUUUUCCCGGACCGCCGCAGAAGCCAUCCAUCGUCAACAUGACAGAGACGUCGGUAACCAUAACGUGGCGACGGCUGGGAAGGGCCGGAUCGUCGCCAUUCAUCGGCUCCACUGUCGAGUACUACUCACCCGAACUGCAGACCGGAUGGAAAGUGUCGGCCACUCGGGUGGCGGCCGACGUCUACACCGUUCACGAUCUGCAGCCCGACUCGCGGUACGUGUUUUACGUGCGCUCCGAGAAUAACCACGGAUUGGGUCCGCCGUCGCCCAUAUCGGACGAAAUCCGGACACUGGGCUCCGCGUCGUCGCAACACUUGCCUGAAUACGAUUUGGAUGAGGCGAGGGUUCGCCUGUCGUCUGCCGCCAUCGAGCUGAAGGACGUCCGGGCCGUCAGCUCCACAGCCGUCAAACUCUAUUGGGAUAUUCAGGGCAGUCAAGAGUUUAUGGAGGGCUUCUACGUCCGGUAUCGGGACAUGAGUUCGGGUCCGGCCACCGCCCAGAAGUACAAUAUGGUCACUGUUAUCAACAGCGGUUCCUCCUCUUACGUGUUGUCCGAUCUGCGAAAGUACACCCGAUUUGAGUUCUUUCUGGUCCCGUAUUACAAGAACGUUGAGGGAAAGCCCAGUAAUACCCGUACGGUUAUGACCCACGAGGACGUGCCCACCGGUGCGCCCGAGAAACUCACCGUCAAAGCCGUGAAUCUGACGGCCGCGACCAUCGAGUGGACACCGCCGGCGCCCGAACACCGCAACGGCAAUCUCUUGGGCUAUAAUAUACACGUAUUGGGCAACGGAUCCGCACUUCACUCCAACAUCACUGUCAACUCGUCCAUCAGUGCCAUCGUGUUGUACAACUUGACCACCGGUGCGGUGUAUAGCGUACGUGCGCUGGCCUUUACGGUGGUGGGCGCCGGACCUCUUAGCUCGCCGGUAGCCCUGCGAAUGGAUCCCAACCUUUUGGCCUCGAAGAUGGACGGCGACGGCCCGUCGGCCAACUCCAUGGACACGACAUACUUGGGCGGCAUAACGAUGACACUGUUUUACGCCAUUUUGGGCGCACUGUUACUGAUCUUCGGCUCCGUUGUGGCCGUCGUUAUUGUCAUGAAGAAGCGAAUCGCGUGGAAGAAGACAAUCGGCGCUCACCUAACGGUUCCGUUGAAUAAGAACGAAGAGAUAGGCAGAGGCGGGUUCAACGGGAACGCCAGGGAAGCGCUUUGGAUCAAUCACGGCUGGCGGCCCUCCGAUAAGGACAACAAUCAGACCAAACUGUUGGCCAACAAUUGCGGUCCAAACAGCGACGCGAACGGCUAUUCGUCGGCAUUCGUGGGCGACGGUUACGCGGCUCCAGACUAUGCGGAGGUCGACACACAUAACUUGUCCACGUUUUACAAGAAGGACUCGUACCAGACGUCAGUGCCGGCGCCGUACGCCACCACUACACUCAUCAACACCGCCGGUGCGCCCAAACUGGGCUCCGUUCGCGACCAUAAGAGCAGCGGCUCCGACGGCAGCCGCAAGUCUGACAAACCCAUGCCAUUCAACGCCGAGUACAACGACGACGGAGCGAUGGAUCACCUCCUGAACGAACAGGCGGUGAAGAGUCCCAGCGAUUCCGGCAGUUAUACCACCGAUGAGUACGGAAUGCCUGUGCGGAAGAUGAAGACCGGCGGACACAACAAACACCGACCGCCGCAACCGCUGCCCAAUCAUCCCUUCAGACCGCAGGCCAUGCAUAUGAACGGCACCGGAAGCCAUGGGCCGAAAGGGCCGGGCAUUAACUGGAAUGAUCUGAUCCCUCCCCCGCCGGAGAACCCUCCGAGUGAGUGCGGGACCCCUCCCGACACACCACUACUCAACUGCAAUGUCAGGCAACACAACCCCAACCGUAUGAUUAGAGUACAGUUACCGUCGAUGGCGUACAUACACUCCGGCGGCUCCAACUCUGGCCGCUCGCCGCUAAUCAGCCGAUCCUAUCAGCCCUCGCCGGCCAACAGCCGUCACAGUCUGGCGUCGCCGAAAAACACACUGACGAGGAAUAAGAAAGUGGGAGACAUUAUGUCGGGUUCGGCCGACGCGUCGCUACUCUCGCACCAAAAUCGGACACAAUUACCGCAAUUCCUGCAGAAACUGCGAUCACUUCAAAACCAACAGUCGAUGGAAAAGCAUUACGAGUCGUCAAACGUGACGAAUAUCAUCGCCAACCCUAUGGACAGACAAAUGCAGUCAUCGUUACCAUCGCUGAUGGAUGAGAGCCAACACCAACCACAACAACAGCAACAGAUGCGAAAUGCGGUGAAUGUGGGCUCAUAUCAGAGGCUGGAGAUGGACGGCGACACCGAUUGUCUCAGACGUGAUAUAAUGAACGCCCGAAUGGCAGCGGCGGCGGCGGCCGUCGGCAACGGUCGACACUCUCCUCAGUCGAGUAUCGGCGGCGACACCGACUACGGCCACUGCGACCGCGAGGCCAGCGAUGGGGCGGCCAGUCAUCCGUCGAGCGACGGCGAGGGCGGCGGCGGUGGCGGACGGGACGGACCCUACGAUCGCGAGCAGGCGUUUUACGCGCAAACAGAUUUGGCCGACUGUAUGGCCCGUGCGGUGCAAAACGCCGGCGGCUUUACCUUCAAUGAACAGCUGUUCAGUAUUGAACCCCAACUCACGAACAAUAGCAACAAUAAUAGCAACAGUAAUAUCAAUAAGAAGUACCGCUCCCACCAAAGGGCGCAGAUGGCCAACAACUUCAGGCCCACCAACGGCGGUGAGGUCCGGUCCGUAGGCGGCUUCAAAGCGGCUUCUGUACCGUCGCUAGCAUACGUUCUGGGCAGAAGCACAAGUCUCUACUCGCCAUCCUAUGAGAUGAUUGGAUCCGAUUUUAACAAUCAUUUACAACAACACCAACAAAAGCCAACUAUAGUUCCUAACAAUGCUAUGCAUACUAACCCACAUGACAUGUCAUCCAAUUAUUUCUCGUAUAAUAAGCCGAUAUUUCAAGAGACAAAUAAAUCACAGAUUGUGAGCACCGAUACCAACAAAAGUCAAUUGUCUUCUCCGACGUCAAGCAAAGACUCGUUUAAUUUGCGUUCAUUUGCGAUGAGAUUGGAUGCAAGAGAUGUAGACGCCAAUAGUUUAGAAGAAAGAAAUGUCGUGUAAAUUGUUGUGAAAGAAUAUAUGGAUUAAAACUAAAC